AUGGACCAACGCUACUGGUACUUCGAAGACGAGCCCAAGGUAAAAUUCGAAUUCGCCAAGCCAAGUGUAAGUGGUCUGCCGUCAGCUAUAGACAUAGCGGGCGCACAUGUGGUAACAUGCAACCGGCUAUCGCCUCGUACUAAAGCGGUAAACGAGUACUCAAACUUCGUUCGCUACGUUAUGAGGAGUGGCACUAACAUCGACGAUGCCCUUUCCCCAGAAAUAUCUCCUGAAAGAAACUUUGGACCAGCAGUAAAAGAGAAACGCUCACAUUCAAACGACUACUCUCCACACUCAGUGCAGCAAAUUUUCAAAAGUUCAGUACCGGUUGGUGAAUCUACGCCCGAAAACUCCUCCCGUCUGUUUGGGCCUCCAUUUUGCAAAGAAAAUGUUUCCCCUUUGAACUGUCUUGAGUUGAGUCCACCAACUCAGAUAGCUGGUUGCGAACUCACGCUUGAACAGCGUAGAGAUUUGGACAAGCUGUUGCUCGAACAUAACGAAGUAUUCGAAGAGUCAACAUUUGCAACACCGUUUGCCACACAUAGCAUCGAUACGCGUGAGCAUUUACCGAUUUCUUCGCCACCAUAUCGUCUACCACCGCAGCGGAAGACUUUCUUGAGACAAGAAAUAAACGAAAUGCUCAGGACUGGAGUAAUAGUAGAGUGCGAAUCGCCAUGGGCAGCUCCUGUAGUUAUCGUACCCAAGAAGACAGGCGAUCUGCGCAUUUGCAUCGAUUAA